AUGAAAGAUAAGAAUCAAAGAGCAAGCCUCUUCGAUUUUCCUCUUAAACCUUUCGUCUUUUCACAUCGCUCCUGUGUUUUCAGUCCCAGACGUUUUGUUGCCAGAACCUUUGAAGGUGCUUCUCCUGCUAUAUCGCUUCCCAAAUCAACUCAGAUUAUUGCCAAGAGCUCAUCAGUAUCAGUACAGCCCGUGUCUGAGGAUGCUAGAGAAGAUUAUCAGUCCAAGGAUGUUAGUGGAGAUUCAAUACGGCGGUGUUUUCUUGAAUUCUAUGCCUCUCGUGGGCAUAAGGUGCUUCCAAGCGCGUCUCUCGUACCAGAAGAUCCUACGGUCUUGCUAACAAUUGCAGGAAUGCUUCAGUUUAAGCCUAUUUUCCUUGGAAAGGUACCUAGACAGGUUCCUUGUGCAACCACUGCUCAAAGAUGCAUACGUACAAAUGAUUUGGUGAAUGUUGGGAAAACGGCCAGGCACCAUACCUUCUUUGAGAUGCUUGGUAACUUUAGCUUUGGUGAUUACUUCAAGAAAGAAGCCAUAAGAUGGGCAUGGGAGCUAUCAACUAAAGAGUUUGGGCUGCCUGCUAACAGAGUUUGGGUUAGCAUUUUCGAAGACGACGAUGAAGCUUUUGAAAUCUGGAAGAAUGAAGUCGGUGUGCCUGUUGAGCGGAUAAAGAGAAUGGGUGAAGCUGACAACUUUUGGACUAGUGGAUCAACUGGUCCUUGUGGUCCGUGCUCAGAGUUAUACUAUGAUUUCCAUCCUGAGAGAGGUUCUGAUGAUGAUGUUGAUCUUGGGGAUGAUACCAGAUUUAUUGAGUUCUAUAAUUUGGUUUUCAUGCAGUAUAACAAAACGGAAGAUGGAGUGCUUGAACCCUUGAAACAGAAGAACAUAGACACUGGUCUUGGUCUAGAACGAAUAGCUCAAAUCCUACAGAAGGUUCCAAACAACUACGAGACAGAUUUGAUAUAUCCAAUCAUUGCAAAGAUCUCAGAGUUGGCGAAUAUCUCAUAUGACUCUGCAGAUCACCAGGCAAAGACAAGUCUAAAAGUGAUUGCAGAUCACCUGCGGGCAGUUGUCUAUCUCAUAUCAGAUGGUGUUCUGCCUUCAAAUAUUGGCCGAGGUUAUGUUGUAAGGAGGUUGAUAAGAAGGGCUGUUCGGAAGGGGAAGUCUCUCGGAAUUAUUGGGGAUGGAAAAGGUAAUCUGAAGGGAGCAUUUUUGCCAACAGUUGCUGAAAAGGUGAUAGAAUUGAGCACUUAUAUUGAUUCAGAUGUAAAACUAAGGGCCCCUCGCAUCAUUGAGGAGAUUAGGCAAGAGGAACUUCACUUUAAGAAAACUCUGGAAAGAGGAGAAAAGGUGCUUGAGCAAAAGCUUCACGAUGCCCUGUCAGCGGCUGAUAAAACUGAAAAUAGACCUUGUCUAUCUGGAAAAGAUGCGUUUAUUCUGUAUGACACAUACGGCUUUCCUGUAGAGAUAACCACAGAAGUUGCUGAAGAACGUGGAGUCAGUGUAGAUAUGAAUGGGUUUGAAGUGGAAAUGGAGAAUCAAAGACGUCAAUCUCAAGCUGCUCACAAUGUUGUAAAACUGACAGUUGAAGAUGAUGCUGACAUCACGAAAAAUAUUGCCGACACUGAGUUCCUUGGAUAUGACAGUCUCUCUGCUCGUGCUGUUGUGAAAAAUCUUUUGGUGGGUGGGAAGCCUGUGAUAAGGGUUUCUGAAGGCAGUGAAGUAGAGAUUCUGCUAGACAGAACUCCGUUCUACGCUGAAUCAGGAGGUCAAAUUGCAGAUCAUGGUUUUCUUUAUGUUUACAAUGAUGGGAGCCAAGAGAAUGCUGUUGUUGAGGUAAGUGAUGUGCAGAAAUCGCUUAAAAAAUUUGUUCACAAGGGCACUGUAAAAAGUGGAUCUCUGGAAGUUGGCAAGGAGGUAGAAGCAGCCGUAGAUGCAGACCUGAGGCAACGAGCAAAGGUUCACCAUACGGCCACCCAUUUGCUGCAAUCAGCACUUAAGAAAGUUGUGGGAGACGAAACAUCACAGGCUGGUUCAUUAGUAGCUUUUGACCGCCUCAGAUUCGAUUUCAAUUUUAACCGUUCCCUACAUGAUGAAGAGCUUGAGGAGAUUGAAUGCCUGAUCAAUAGGUGGAUUGGGGAUGCUACACGUCUUGAAACAAAAGUCCUUCCUCUUGCUGAUGCAAAACGAGCAGGAGCCAUUGCAAUGUUUGGGGAAAAAUAUGAUGAUGAGGUUCGUGUAGUAGAAGUUCCUGGUGUCUCCAUGGAACUUUGUGGUGGCACUCAUGUUGGCAAUACUGCAGAAAUACGAGCCUUCAAGAUUAUCUCAGAACAGGGCAUUGCAUCUGGACUCAGGCGUAUCGAAGCGGUGAAAGCAGAGGAUGUUACAAACAGAGUGGAGAAUCUUCUAGAGGAACUGCGCUCUGCUAGAAAAGAAGCCUCAGACUUGCGUUCAAAAGCAGCGGUCUAUAGAGCAUCUGUCAUAUCGAACAAAGCAUUUACUGUAGGAACUUCACAGAAGAUAAGAGUGCUCGUUGAAUCGAUGGAUGAUACCGAUGCUGACUCAUUAAAGAGUGCAGCCGAGCAUUUGGUAAGCACACUGGAAGAUCCAGCAGCUGUGGUACUAGGAUCAUGUCCAGACAAAGACAAAGUUAGUUUAGUAGCUGCAUUCAGUCCUGGAGUAGUGUCUCUCGGCAUUCAAGCAGGGAAGUUCAUUGGCCCUAUAGCUAAGUUGUGUGGCGGAGGAGGUGGUGGAAAGCCCAAUUUCGCUCAAGCAGGCGGCAGAAAGCCCGAAAAUCUCUCAGGCGCGUUAGAGAAAGCUCGGGAAGAUCUUGUGGCAACUCUAUCGGAAAAGCUCGGGUGA